AUGGAGACCAGAAGUAAGCCCCAGUUCCUCCUGCUCCUGGCCCUCUGCAGCGUCUUCUCACACACACUGGCAUGGCCUCUUUUCAGAGCUCCUCCUUCUCUGAGGCUGGGUGACAGGAUACCACUGGAAUUAGCAAAUGAACCCGAUCAAGUUUCACUACAAGCAGACACUGACUUCUUGCAAAAUGCUUUAGCUGAAAAUGACACACCCUAUUAUGAUGUAUCCAGAAAUGCAAGACAUGCUGAUGGAGUUUUUACCAGUGACUACAGCAGACUCUUGGGCCAACUUUCUGCCAAAAAAUACCUUGAGUCCCUGAUUGGGAAACGAGUUAGCAGUAACAUCUCAGAAGACAAUACACCAAUCAAACGACAUUCUGAUGCAGUCUUCACGGACAACUACACCCGUCUCAGAAAACAAAUGGCGGUGAAGAAGUACCUGAAUUCAAUUCUGAAUGGGAAGAGGAGCAGUGAAGGAGAAACCCCUGACUUUGUUGAAGAGUUAGAGAAAUGAUGAAAAUACCCC